AUGCAGCGUUCAGGAAGCGACCUCGCUGCGGUGCGCCAUGCUGCCAGUGAGGCUUCCGCGAGCCAGCCGUCCCGUUCUUCGAGUGACGUUAGCUUGAGACGAAAGCGUCGUUCACGCGCGCGCGAACCAGGCCUGACGUUGGAGCAGCAGCAGAAGGCUGUGCAGGAUGCAGCCUUUGACCGCUACAUCGCUGGUUUGCGACAGGAUGCGCAGAAGGUGGUCUCAGCUGCCAAGAUGUGGCAGGAUACUGUGAAGGGCGGCAUGGACGACGAGCAGAUGGAAAAAAGCGAGAAGCGCAGCCUUUGCCAGAAAUACCAAGCGCAGGUGUUGGCACAGAUCGAGAACAACAAGGCUCGAAGAGCAGAGGCCCGGCGUGAGUUCAUCGAGGCGGCCUCCUCGCAUUCCUUCCCGCUCUUCACAGAGACCUUCAUCUCCCUCCCAGAAGUCGAAGAGUACGAAAGACAGAGGAAGGAGCAUUGGCGGAAAGAGCUUGACCAGCAAAUGGCCACCAACCAGAUUCUUCACAACUUGGAGCUGAAAAAGCAUCAUGAUAUGGCCAUUGCUUCGUACAAGCAGAACGUGAAGAGCACGACAAAAGCACGACGUGAUGAGCGGGAUAGAUUGGCUUCCCAAGGAAGGGAGCUCGUGGCGUCCUGGGAGCGAGACAUCCGCAUCAAGCAGCUGAAGCGCGCCAUGGACGUGGGCAAGGACGUCGUCAAGGACAUUGAUGUUCUGUGA